CGAAUGGUCUCCAAGCUACUGUAGAAGACACUGUCAGAAGAGAAGCUGAUAGAGCUAAUGAUCUCGGAUUUGAGGACAACCCGUAUGCCCCAGGAAAACCCAAAUUCGGGUUCAACUUCACGACAGGCAGAGAACCUGUCCCCGAUCCCGCAGCCCCCACGAAAGCAAAACCGGAUGAUGGUUCCUCGAUCCAACGUGGUAAUAGGGGAGGUGCGGGUAAAAGGCAAUACGGAAGGAAGAACUCUCACAACAAGAGCUGUUUGCCCACGGGUAGCGUCCAAUGCAGCCGGUGGUUCCGGAACUCCAGCCCCUUUCGUAAAAAGGAACAAAGGAUUCGACCCUCUCCUUUGAUGAAAUUCGCCCCCCUGAAUUGGUUUCUCCCGUCUUGCUCGAUUUCCCCCCUUUUUUCAUCUUCUUGUAAUCAUUGUCUUGUGGUACGCAUCAGAGUUUAACUCGCCUCCUCAUAAGUUGUCAUAUAAAAUGAUGGAAGCGGUUCCUGAACAAUGAAAUCUGAAAUUUUUGAAUCAAUCUCUUGAUACUGUAGACCAGUACCAGAUCCCACAUAGCGUGCCAGACGACGAAUAUGAGAUCAAUCAGCGAAACAGCUGAAGACCACAUUGCUGUCGACGCUAGAUUAGUUGAUAGCGAGCAAGAGGAAUCGUCGUCUAUGGCUGAGUCGGUAGACGACCUGUGGCCAAGCCCGGUGCCCUGUCGAAUGAACAUUGAAGAGUGGGAAGUAUACAUGAAAGAAGCGGGU